GGGGGGGGAGAGAUAGAGCUCCAAGCAGCCGCCGCUGCGAAUACACCGGAUAGACGGCGUGGGUGGGGGAUAACUUCCCAUAGUGGGCCGCUUCCCGUCACUUUCUAAUCGACGAGGUGAAGGCGUUUCGUGAUCAUAACUGUCACGAAUGGCAUGGUGAAUGGUUGUAACGUUCACAGUGUCUUCGUGACGUCAACUUUAUUGACCCCGCCAGACUGCGAAAUGGCUAGAAAACGUGGGAAUAAAAUCAUGUAGCGGCAUUUCAGUGAUCGACGAAUUGCUCAAACCAUGCACGACUCAAUGCGCUCGGCAGACAUGACGAUAGGGACGAAUGACGCUCAGUCCAGAAGUUCCAGCUUUAGGGUAAGGGUCCUCUGAUAUGGCUUACGUUGGACGUGUGAUGGUCUUGUGUCGCUACGCUCAGCAGCGGACCAAUCUACCCGCUUGACCUCCAUGUUCCCAAACAAAAACACAUGGCGUGUGCAUCUCUGCGGAACACGCGACGGCGGAAGCGUGAGCGGGAGGUGGAACAUGGUUGGAACAGCAUCACCAGCCGCAGAAGAGUCGGCGGCGGCCACUAGAUGUCGAUGGUGACGGUGCACGCCGCGCCGACACCGGCCCACCGUCGGUCAGCCGGUCAGCCGGCCGGUCAGUCGGUCGGUCGGUCCGCGGCGUCAGUCGGGCCUGGCGCGUGGACCGAGCGACUCCGGUGCGGAGAGCGGCGGUCGGUCGGUCGGUCGGUCGGUCGGGGUCGGUGCACGGUGAAAGGUGGACGGUGCACGGCUGGUUGACAGACGGUGAACAGUGAUUUAGUCAAUACUCGGCAGUGCCUGGUGAUACACGGACCGACUGAGCAGCGUGCCUCCGAGUGGUCGGGCGUCGACCUGCAAAAGUGCAUGCUUUUCAUAUACCGUUUACUGACCUCAGAAUCGACCUCUUAGCUUACGGGUGUAAUAAAAGCUCUCUGAAAAAGAAUGCCGAUAAACUAGCUCAGCCCUCCGGAGCCAGAUCCAUCGGGCUCAUUGGGACGAGCCGUCCUGAACACUGAACGGUGUUGUAGAAGUGACCGCAGACUGAAGAUUUCGUCACUGACUGCCGUCCGACGUCUCUCCGCCGACUGGGCCCUCGGGCACCCAUAGCCGUUCACCACAGUCCUAACUGUGCACUGUGGUCACCAGUAGCCUUACAUCCUCCACAUCGGGCGUACCGAUCGAACGUACCGCCUGUCCUCUCCACUCUACCGCUACCUCGCCAGAUCUCCUUCACCAUGAUCUCCAUCAUCAUCUACCGCAUGUUCUUCAGCGACGGCCGCCACAAGGGGCUGUACGUCCUCACCAUGACUGCCUACUACACCAUGUGUUUCCUGUUGGUGUCCGGGCCGCUGGCCAUGCUGUCGGAGGAGGAGGAGGGCCCGCCGCUGCUGCCGGUGGCCGAGGUGCCGCUCUCGGAGGUCACCACGGCUGAACUCCGGCGGAGGAACGUUACAGACCGGUGGGCCCUACGCGGCCGGCUGGUGGAGCGCUACUGCCAGGAGGCCGGUGUCGCCAGGGCGCACAGCCGGCCCGGCCCCAACAUCCGCGGCUUGCUGAUCUCCAGUCACCACAAACUAGCCUCGUGCGCCGACGGGGACACCGGUGACCACUUCUGGCUUAGGACAUUCACGAGACUGGCUCGUGCCGACCCCAGCCACCGCUGCGGAGAGCGACCCAACGACGACCUAACCCGCUGCCGGGAGGACGCCCGCCGCCUGCAGGCACUGAAGGACGGCAGCUCCGGCAGCCCGUUGGACUCUGCCGACUGGACCCAUGUGGUGACCGUGAGCCAUCCUUACUCGAGGCUAGCAGCAGCCUACCUCAGGAAACCGUUCCCCAAGGCGACCUCGUCAUUUCCCGAGGCGGUGCACGCGCUGACCUCUGGCGACGCCGGUCUGCCGGAGGGCCUCGGACCGCUGACGGUGACCUGUGACCUCUGCGGGGUCACCGGCCGGCGGCUAGUCAUACAGGCCGAGACGGAGGACGAGGAGCUGCAGGAACUGGGCCGUCAGUGGGGUAUCUCUGACUACCUGCGGCGGCCGGCGCCGAACCCGCGCAGCCCGGCGGCCCGGGCGGCGGCGGCCGGUCCCAGCCCCUCCACAGUCUCCCAGCUGCUCGGCCAGCUGUCGGCUGACCAGCUGCGGCAGCUGCAGCGGCUCUACCGGGCCGACUUCGAGGCGCUGUCCUUCUACGACCCGGCAGAGUUCCAGGGAUCAGCCGCGUCACCGCCGGACUACAAAGAGCCAGUGCGGAUACCGGUGCAAGAGCUGACACGUAAAAUGAGCCAAUCAAAGGACCUGGAGGGUCUGUAAGAUGUCUGAAGGGUCCGUAAGUGGCCAAGCAGUUGGAUCUCGGCAAUGUGAUGACAAAUUCAACCGAUGAGAGUGGUGUAUGGUUCUGCCAGGGAGGUGAAGGACUCCAUUGGUGCAGUGGCCACAGAAUCUCCUACGACUGAUAGCUUCGUACUUAGCCACGAGGGCUGCUGCCGGGGUUAGUCUCCGAUAGCCAUGAACCAGCCCCCAACUGCCGUACCCUGGGGGUAGGGUUAUCCGGAGAUAUCGGAGAAUCAGGGGAGCGCUGCCUGCGAUUGAAGAUGAACGUGAAACCCUGCACGGACCAGUCAAUGUAGAUAUGACCUCGUUCUUACCGCUCCUAUAGAAGGCGAUUGUCAUGCAGGAACGAAGCUUGAGGCUAACUUUCAUCGAUAAGAUGGACUCAAGAUCGCAGAUAACGUGAUUGUUGCUCGUCUACAAAGACAUCCAGCUAUUUGUGAGGGGCGACCAAAGCACCGUGAUUUGUGCCGAUAUAACCAGUUCGCGCUGUGAACAUACACAAUUACGCUCUCACAAGAGACAAUAGGGAAAUCGGCACGGGAUAGUUACCCUGAAUCGUACUUCUGUGGGUACUGACUGAUAUCGUGCGUGCUAUUGUUACUUGUUAUAGAUGUUACUUAGGAUAGCGGAGGUUCCUGUGUAGUUUUCAUUCAGAACCGGGCAUUGACGCGGAUACAUGACAAAAAUACUGCCGAUGUCAUUCAUGUAUGGUGCACGCUGUGUAAUAAACCAAAUCACAAUCGAU